UUCUCACUGUACACUUUACUAUCGCUUGCAAUGUGACACUAAAAUAUAUACUCUCACGCGCUCACACACACUCACAUCACACCACACACGCACGCACGCACACAGCCACACGCACAUACCUGCACACGCUGGCACACACACAUGCACGCACGCACACACGGACCCACGCGGAAGACCGGGCAAUCCAAAGUGGAGUUCCAAAGGAGAGCUAUAUGUGUAUAGAUACUGAACCGAGCGACGGGAAAGGAACUAACCCUGGUCCAAGUCGGAACUGUUUUUGGAAAACUCCUCCCCUGCUUCUCCCGCAUCAUGCUCGGGGCGCCCAUGGCAUUGGAUUUUGUAGUGCUUUUCUGCCUGGCAUCUGCAAUUGCAGCGGUGGAAGAAACCUUGAUGGAUACUCGGACAGCCACAGCUGAACUUGGUUGGACAGCAAAUCCACCUUCAGGGUGGGAAGAAGUCAGUGGCUAUGAUGAGAACCUCAACACAAUCCGUACUUACCAGGUGUGCAAUGUUUUUGAGCCUAACCAGAACAACUGGCUUCUCACUACUUUCAUAAACCGACGUGGUGCACACCGCAUUUACACAGAGAUGCGCUUCACUGUGCGGGACUGUAGCAGUCUUCCCAAUGUCCCUGGCUCUUGUAAGGAAACUUUCAACCUGUAUUAUUAUGAGACAGACUCUGUCAUUGCCACCAAGAAGUCGGCCUUCUGGACAGAGGCCCCCUACCUCAAAGUGGACACCAUUGCUGCAGACGAGAGCUUCUCUCAGGUAGACUUUGGUGGCAGGUUGAUGAAAGUGAACACAGAGGUGAGGAGCUUCGGACCCCUCCAUCGCAAUGGCUUUUACCUUGCCUUUCAGGAUUAUGGGGCGUGCAUGUCACUGCUGUCGGUAAGGGUCUUCUUUAAGAAAUGCCCUAGUGUGGUGCAAAACUUUGCCAUCUUUCCAGAGACUAUGACAGGCGCAGAAAGCACCUCUCUAGUGAUUGCACGAGGUACAUGCAUUCCCAAUGCUGAGGAGGUGGAUGUGCCCAUUAAGUUGUACUGCAAUGGAGAUGGGGAAUGGAUGGUUCCCAUUGGCCGCUGCACCUGCAAAGCUGGAUAUGAGCCUGAGAACAAUGUGGCCUGCAAAGCAUGCCCAGCAGGGAUGUUCAAGGCAAACCAAGGUGCAGGUAUCUGCACGCAGUGCCCCUCCAACAGUCGUUCCACAUCAGAAGCUGCCCCCAUCUGUACUUGCCGCAAUGGUUACUACCGUGCUGACUCUGAUCCACCGGAGAUUGCAUGCACCAGUGUUCCUUCAGGGCCUCGCAAUGUGAUCUCCAUUGUCAAUGAAACAUCGAUUAUACUAGAAUGGCAUCCACCUCGAGAGACAGGGGGACGUGACGAUGUGACCUACAACAUUGUUUGCAAGAAGUGUCGCUCUGAUCGCCGUAGCUGCUCCCGCUGUGAUGAUAAUGUGGAGUUUGUGCCGAGGCAGCUGGGCCUCACAGAAACCCGGGUCUUCAUCAGCAAUCUGUGGGCACACACACCAUAUACCUUUGAGAUCCAAGCUGUCAAUGGAGUUUCCAACAAAAGCCCUUUCCCACCACAGUAUGUCUCAGUAAACAUCACCACCAACCAAGCUGCUCCCUCCACAGUUCCCAUCAUGCACCAGGUAAGUGCCACCAUGAGGAGCAUCACACUGUCAUGGCCGCAGCCGGAACAGCCCAAUGGCAUCAUCCUGGACUAUGAGAUUCGUUACUAUGAGAAGGUGAGCCGGAUCUGCAUCCCUGAGAUUAGCAGCACUAUGGGCUCAAGACCAGCCACCGACCACAGUGAAUACAACUCAUCCAUGGCCAAGAGCCAGACCAACACAGCACGAAUUGAUGGGCUGCGGCCAGGAAUGGUGUAUGUGGUACAGGUGCGGGCUCGGACAGUGGCUGGCUAUGGGAAAUACAGUGGGAAAAUGUGCUUCCAAACUCUGACGGAUGAUGACUACAAGUCAGAACUGAGAGAGCAGCUGCCGUUGAUUGCUGGGUCUGCAGCAGCAGGAGUUGUCUUUAUUGUCUCUUUAGUGGCUAUUUCAAUUGUUUGCAGCAGGAAGCGAGCUUACAGUAAAGAGGCGGUGUACAGUGAUAAGCUACAGCACUAUAGCACUGGUCGAGGCUCCCCAGGAAUGAAGAUCUACAUUGACCCUUUUACCUACGAGGAUCCCAAUGAAGCUGUUCGUGAGUUUGCCAAGGAAAUUGACGUGUCUUUCGUGAAGAUUGAAGAAGUCAUUGGAGCAGGGGAAUUUGGUGAAGUAUAUAAAGGGCGCCUGAAACUACCUGGAAAGAGAGAAAUCUAUGUGGCUAUUAAAACAUUAAAGGCUGGCUACUCUGAGAAGCAGCGGCGGGAUUUCUUGAGUGAGGCCAGCAUCAUGGGUCAGUUUGAUCAUCCAAACAUCAUUCGGUUGGAGGGGGUGGUCACCAAAAGCCGACCAGUGAUGAUCAUCACAGAAUUUAUGGAAAAUGGAGCGCUGGAUUCCUUCCUGCGACAAAAUGAUGGGCAGUUCACAGUAAUCCAGUUAGUGGGAAUGCUACGAGGGAUUGCAGCUGGUAUGAAGUACCUUGCAGAAAUGAAUUAUGUCCACCGGGAUCUUGCAGCCAGGAAUAUUCUGGUAAACAGCAACUUGGUCUGCAAAGUGUCUGACUUUGGACUCUCACGCUACCUACAAGACGACACCUCAGACCCAACUUAUACCAGCUCGUUGGGUGGAAAGAUUCCAGUGAGGUGGACAGCUCCAGAGGCCAUUGCCUACCGCAAGUUCACUUCUGCCAGUGAUGUGUGGAGUUAUGGCAUUGUCAUGUGGGAAGUAAUGUCCUUUGGGGAAAGACCUUAUUGGGACAUGUCUAAUCAAGAUGUAAUUAAUGCAAUUGAGCAAGACUACCGGCUCCCUCCUCCUAUGGAUUGCCCCGCUGCCCUCCACCAGCUAAUGUUAGACUGCUGGCAGAAAGACCGCAACACCCGGCCACGUUUUGCUGAAAUAGUUAACACCCUAGAUAAAAUGAUCCGGAAUCCAGCAAGCCUCAAAACUGUGGCUACCAUCACCGCUGUGCCUUCUCAGCCACUAUUAGAUCGCUCCAUCCCAGAUUUCACUGCCUUUACCUCAGUAGAAGAUUGGCUCAGUGCCAUCAAAAUGAACCAGUACAGAGACAAUUUUCUGACUGCUGGAUUCACAUCUCUUCAAUUAGUUGCACAAAUGACAUCAGAAGAUCUUCUAAGAAUAGGGAUUACCUUGGCUGGGCACCAGAAGAAGAUCUUGAACAGUGUGCAGUCUAUGAGGGUGCAGAUGAAUCAGUCACCAACUUCAAUGGCAUGACACUCUGUGUCUUCUCCCAACAAUGGGAAAAAGAGGGUUGAACAGAGGGUUAGACGUGGGAGGGGAGGGUAAGCUGGCAAGACAGUGAGAUGUUUGCAGAGGUUGGAUUAUUGUCUGAGAACUUUUGGAACCCCAGACAAAAUAUAUGCGGGACUUGUUUCUAAGUGGCAACUUCCGUUUCUCAUCAACAGAAGCACACUUACUGAUGCCAUGGGAAACAGCGUAUAAAUAAGUAUAAAUAUGUAUAAAUCAUAUAUUUAAAAUACAGUGAAGACAAACCAAUGUGUGUUGGGAGAAAAGAGACUUAAAUCCCACCACCAGUGAGCAGUAGUCAAAGGGGGCCAGUGGGGAGAAAAGAGGCGCAACCCAGAGCAACCAUCUUCAGCAACCAUCUUCCUUCUCUUUUUUAGUUCUUCUUCCAGAGCCCUUCUCACACACCCACUUCCCUUUUUUGUUCAUAACCCAUGGGGAAUUUUCUUCAACAGCUACAGCGACCUACUAGCUUAUAAAGAUGUUGUUCCAUCAGUUACCAAAGGACUUCACUGACCACUGCAUGGGGGAUCCAGAACAAUCCAGUUAAUGUCUUCAUAUUGAAGAGGAGAUGUACCUUCAAUAGAAAACCUUGUUUUUUCUUUUGCUUGCAUUUUUUUGCAAAAAGGGAAAAAAAUCCUCAUGGAAAAAAGAGAAAAAGGCAUUCCCGCGAGUUUGUGCGUGUGCGUCUGUAUGUUGUCAACUUAACUGUGGAGUCACUCACUGCUUGUCCAUAGCAGAAAAACAAGAAAGUGGGACAGACAGAUGAUAAAUCCAUCACCUCCAUGGAAAUUGGGGAUUUAGUGGGGGUCGGAAGUGAUACACUUUGCUUUUCUGUCUAGAUCAACUGCACAUGGAAUAUGUAAUGGAAAAUAAAAGAAAGAAAAUGAAUUUAUUAUUCAUAGGAGGAAGGAGGUAGAAGAGUGAAGUAUGCAACAAGGGUUUCGUGUUGAACUGUUACAGGAUUCACAACUGUAGAGGCAACUGGACAGCCGAAUGCUUAGUCCUCCAGCAUACCAGUGAGCUGCACACGAUGGCUCAGGAAUCUUUAGUUCAUUGUGUGGACCUCAGGAUUUUGAUAUUUGUUGGCUUUGGUAUCACAGCAUCAGAGAGGCACUUUUUAUGCCACUUGUUGAUGCCAGGAAAACAUGGAAUGGGGCCAGUCCUGACAGUCAAGCUUCCUAUCCCAAAGCCCUCCUCCUUUUCCACUGGCAAGAUCUCCAUGCCCUGCAGAAGAGCUGCCACCUCCCAGGAAAGAGGCCAGGUUCUUCCUUGAGGAGCAAAAGCAAUAGGAGGCCUCCUGCAGUCCCUGUGCUGUCCCGUCCAACAGAGGCCCUGCCAUGUACAUAGCCAAUGAGAUGUCUGUAAAGGAUUUGCCCCCCCCUGUACAUUUCCCCCCUUGCCCUUACAACUUGUUGAUUGUGUCAAAAUUGUCAGAGUUUGUAACAGUAACUUUCAGAAAAAUAUUGUACUAAAAAGAAAAUUGCACUCAAUAAAAA